CAAAUCUUCUUUCACCCUUUCAUAUCUUCUCAAAAUAUCAUAUGUCCAAAGACACACUUGUCCUUCCCGCUGGGUCAUGACCCUGCCCCGCUCGUCGUUCAAACCAGAAAGCCAGUUAGAGCCGCCGCCGCCGCCGCCAUGCGCCUCAUCGUACCUCUCCAAAGCGUUGUCCAAGGCAGAGGAGGCCUAAUCUUCGGCUCUCUUAUUCCAUGCGCUUUAUUCUACUUCCUCCAACUCUACCUCAAACGACAUCGUUCCCCCAAACCUCAGUCCAAUCCUCCUUCUCCCACCACCUCGUCACCGAAGCUGGCGGAGAUGACGAGAACCUCUUCCCGCUCCAAUUUGUUCUCUCGCUCGAUCGGACAGGUUCGUAUAUCUUCCCGAGCAAUUUCCAUUGCCAAGCCGAACGAAUCGCCGUAUUAUAUCGGGUUGGAUAAGGCCUCGGAGGAUCCGUACGAUAGAUUAAGUAACCCGGAUGGAGUUAUCCAGCUCGGUUUGUCAGAGAAUAGGUUGUGUUUUGAUUUGAUUGAGAAAUGGAUGUCGGAGAACCUGGGCCACUCGAUUACCGGAAGAGAUAAUGGUGAAUUGAAUAUUAACGGGAUUGCCACUUACCAACCUUUUGAUGGAACAAUGGAACUCAAGCUAGCUAUGGCAGGUUUUAUGUCUCAUAUUAUGGGAGGAGCUGUCACGUUUGAACCAUCGCAGAUGGUUUUAACUGCUGGUGCGACUCCAGCAAUUGAGACCUUAUGCUUCUGCUUGGCAGAUCAGGGGAAUGCAUUUCUAGUUCCUACACCUUAUUAUCCUGGAUUUGACAGGGACGUGAAAUUUCGAACUGGAGUGGAGCUAAUACCCGUCCAUUGUCGCAGCACUGACAACUUCGCCUUAAGUAUCACAGCACUUGAUCAAGCAUUCAACCAGACAAGAAAACAUGGAACAAAAAUUCGGGGAAUUCUCCUCUCGAACCCUGCAAAUCCUGUUGGCAAUCUACUUUCUCGGGAGAUGCUUUAUGCUAUUUUGGACUUUGCUCGAGAAAAGAACAUCCAUGUCAUAUCGGAUGAAAUAUUUGCAGGGUCUAUGUAUGGGAAUGAAGAGUUUGUUAGCAUGGCUGAAGUUCUUGAUUCAGAGGGUUUUGAUAAAAACAGGGUUCAUAUAGUUUACGGGCUAUCAAAGGACCUUUCUCUUCCAGGAUUUAGGGUUGGAGUGAUCUAUUCAUUUAAUGAGAAUGUUUUGGCUGCUGCUAGAAAGUUAACUAGGUUUUCUUCCGUUUCUGCUCCAACUCAAAGAUUACUAGUUUCAAUGCUUUCAGAUGCGAGAUUCAUCGAGGAAUACAUUAAGACCAAUAAAAGGAGGCUACAAAAUAUGCAUGCUUUAUUUGUAGCUGGUCUGAAAGGAUUAAAUAUUAGAUGUGCAGAUAGUAGUGCUGGCUUGUAUUGUUGGGCUGAUAUGAGCAAAUUAAUCUCCUCUUACAGUGAGAAAGGAGAACUUGAGCUGUGGGAUAAGCUAUUAAAUGUGGGUAAGAUCAAUGUAACUCCUGGUUCAGCUUGCCAUUGCAUUGAACCGGGAUGGUUCCGUUGUUGUUUUACAACCUUAGCCGAGGAGGAUAUUCCUGUAGUUCUGGAAAGAAUUCGAAAAGCAGUUGAAAACACUACAGAUCUCUUAAAUUCAAGUUAAUUGCAUCAAUCACUAGUAGGAUUUUACUGUCGUAGAUAUUCCUCUUAUAGCUAAACAAGAGGAUGUGGGUAAUGCACAAUAUCUAAGUCGGACACAGAUGACUUCUUCAAGUAACUGCAGCUUAAUUAUAACAUUUUACAUUCCAGGCCUGUAAAAUCAUCUAGAUCCUAAUUUUCUGAAGCUUCUUGAUGAACGGUGAAGCAGUCCUAGAAGAACUUCAGUCCUUUUUGGAACUUCUUCAAUUGCGAUCCUUCAAUAAUUUUGAUGCCAGUUCCAAAGAUGCAGCAUCCCGGAGCUCUUCUUUCCUUCAGAAAUUCCUGUCAUAGUGUUUCAUUCAGGCAAGAGUAGAAUGUCAAUUUGCAGAUCUUUAGCAAGUUAGUAGCUAGUUAGAAUUACAACUUCUUUAUUUCUAAACUAUUGACAAAAAGUGAUUAUGUGAUAUUUGGACAAAAGAAAAGCAUAAAUUUUGCUCCAUUUUUCCUUUAUAAUGAAAGAACAGUUCUGUUUUA